AUGCAAUCGAUCAACUUGCACAUCAAAAACUUCCCACCUGAAAUCAACCUUGAACCAAACCAAGCAGACCAGUAUUGGGACCAAGUUGGCCGAAGCAUCGAAACAAAUAACAUCCGAAUCUCAAUUCCCAAUCACAACCAGACACCCAAACUAGACAUUCGAGGUUACGGACCAAUACUAGCGCAACAUACUACGUUCAGAAUGGACCCAUCCAACUCUCACUCGAUGAGCAAAAGCUCGCCGACAGCCUUACGCAGCUUGAUUUGGGAAGGAUCGAUUCCGAUUUCCUUCGUACUAGAGCCGAGUGAACUCCCGCCUGGGUCAGAUCGAGGGGUUGAGGCGUUUUACACUUCGGCUCCCAGGAUGUCGUACCUCAGCUUGCUGGUUCCGAUCGUCAAGUCCAAUCUGAUCGGCCUUUGUUUGGAUGAUAACGCCCUUUUUACACUGAAGGAGGAGAAUAUCUGGUUUGAGCAUGCUCCUAGCAAAGUUGCCCUAAAAUGGCACUGGCCGAUCGGAUUAAUUUACGAUACCCUCCUUGCAUCAUUACCCGCAUCAUCGUUGGGACUACCACUUCAAGUGACUGUGCACCUUAACCCUGUCCCAGCUGACAAAGGAUUGCUACCAAACGCUGUUUCAGUCUGUAGAGAAGCGUUUAUGAGCCAGGUCAAGGAAGCAGAUUUUGUGCGAUGGGGAAGCACCCGGAGGGUAACCAACUUAAGACAAAGGGAGGCAGAAUCGCUAUGGGAAGGAUUGGUAGAACACGACUUCGACAAGUUUUGGCUCGUCGCCAGUAAACUGAUACCCAUCCCACCCUCACCAUCAAGUCUGCACUCAGCACCUAUGACGCCGGCGCAGCCUACAAACUCAUCGAUUGAUCGCAUGCCGGACGGAAACGGUGUCCGAAAUGUGCCUAUGCGAAUUUAUCUUCCCGAUAACAUCCCAGUUAUGCAAGCUCAAUCUGGCCCAGUAGAUGAGAACGGACGACGAGUUACACUAGGGGCGGCUCUAGCUGACCUCGCACCAUCCCUGUUUCCCGAACCAUCAUCAACAUCGAAGCGACGUCUUGCAAGAGCAUUUAUACAAGGCGUUCAAGUACCCCUAGAGACUGAACUCGGCUGGCUUGGGGCGGUGAUGUGUUGUGCUGAUGGCUGGGUUGCCGUGGUGAUCCAUCUGGGUCGGUAAAGUCGAGAGUUCACUUUUUUCCAACCAUUACCAUUUCUUGUGAACCGCGGUCUUUUGAACAUGAGGAAAUGACUCAAUUUGGCCGCCAAUCAAACCUGAGAGAGUCUCAGCCUGUGGGUAUGCUAUUUCCUCCCUUGUUUACAUCAACAUCUUUCUCUUCAUAACACAUCACUCUUUCAUUGCAUGGUCUUAAUAUAAAUUAUCUUAGUAAUUUGGGGUAAUUAUAUUCUAAAUUUACGUAACUUGCUUGUUCUUUUCAUAUGUUUAUGAAGUUUUAUAUUUGUUGUAAAUCCCGCACUGGUGAACUACCCUACGUCAGUCAAGGUCCCGGGUUGUGCAGUCUCCCCAAUUAUCAUUUUCAGCAGUUUUUUAUUAUGCAAAAAGAACACCUGUUUUCAGUCUUUAGGAGCCAAAACAUCAAUUUGGAUGACUGUCCGCAUGUACAAUACCAGGCACCUACAGCUUAAAAGUACAACUGUUAAUAGUAGUUGACAAAUAAUGUUUACCCCAUCUCAAUUGGGCACAAGGAGAUGGUUUUGCUCGAUUUGAAAUGGUGAAGCCUGAGG